AUGGCGGGAAACCGUGCCCCGCGCGCCGAGGCCACGCCCACGGCCGUGACCUUGUGUGAGGGGAAGGGGGGGGGCGUGGGGACACCCCGGGGACACCCCCGGGAUUAUCGCGACAGCGGCGACAGCGACAGCGGCGACAUGGCCGGGCUGGGGAUGGGAGCGGGGCUGCGGCUGCUGCGGCGGAUCCCGCCGGGAUUUGGGGGGUCCCGGCUGCAGAGGAGGCACAAGGCACAGGCCGUGCUCCCCAAAACUGGAACCACCACGGCCACGGCAGCCCCCCAAAAAGCCCAGAGCAGCCUCGAGGAAUCCAAAUCCUUCGCUGUGGGGAUGUUUUUGGGGCGCCUGAACGCGGAGCAGGUGUUCCCCUACCCCUCAGGUGAGGACACCCCAAAAUUUAUGGG